AUGUGGAUUAAAGAGAAUGUGAAAAAUGUGGUAUGGCCACCAAAGAUGAAAUCUGAGAUCAGAGACACUAGGAAGUUCUGCAAAUUUCAAGACGAGCACAGACACGAAACGGACGAAUGCAGAGAUCUAAAAGUUGAGACUGAAAGGAUGAUAGACGCUAGCGAACUAAGGAAGUUCAUUGCUAAUAAACCAAAAAGCAACGACAAGGGAGAAAAGAGGAACAGGGAGGACAAAGGCAAGGAAAAUGCUGAAGAGAGACCGUCAAAGAUUCUAGGGACGAUACACAUGAUCAAUGGGGGAGGGCAUAGCAGCUCAACCAUCCGAAGAAAGCAGAGAAGAGAAGUAUUGAACAUCAAAGAAACCCAUAUGCCACCGGUGAUUUUUGAUGUCGAAGAUUAUGAACAUGUGAAAGCGUCCCACAAUGACGCGUUGGUUGUAACUACCAUCAUCAAAAACUGGAAUAUGGAACGAAUCCCCAUAGAUGAAGGAAGUGAUGUAAACCUUAUGGCAAAUGCUCCAUACAAAAGCUUAGGAGGGACCGUGACAAAACUGCGUCGAGUCCUGAUUCCAUUAUCAGGACUCGGAGGACCCUCUAUCAACCCACUCGGAGAUGUGAGCCUAGAAGUUAUAAUCGGUCCGGAGAAAGGAAUCAACAAAAAGAUCAUGUCCCUAUUCAAUAUAGUAGACAUGGAGCUGACAUAUAACGCAAUCCUUGGAAGGCCAUUCCUCCAUGAUUCGGCUGCGGUCAUCAGCAUAAAAGCGCUAGCCAUAAAGGUAUCAACUGAGAAAGGCGUAGUAACACUGAGAGGAGAUCAGAAUAUCGCCAAAAAGUGCUAUGACGAGUCCAUCAUUGACCUACAAGAAAGCAUGCAGGAAACGAAAGGAGAGUAG